CGUGAAUUUGACUAAAUUACGAGAGAGGGAGAGAGACUUGGUCACGAAGGUGUAAAUUAGCAUGUAGAAAGAGAAAUAAUCGUCGUUGACCAUUGACCAAAAACUUGGUCAUAUAUAAAAAAGAAUCUAACCGCCCACACUAUUCCGCUAUUCACAAGGUCCUUGCUUCUUUCUCAGACGUAAACAACAAGAAAUUAAAUUAAUCAAAAGCAAAAAAACAAAAGGCAACCCUAUUUUUCUAAUUUCUUCUUCUCCUUUUUUAUUUUUAUAUGCAACUCUCCAAGACUCCGACAAUCAAACAAACAAAUCGAGAGAAUAAGAAACACACCGAAGAUUUUACGAUGAAGAGAUCAGUAAUCAUGGCACCGGAAUCUCCGGUUUACUUCCCUUCUCCUGUAGUUUUCUCUCCGACGUCGGUCAAAACGCCGUCGUCUUCGCCACGCUCAGCACCACCGAGGCUGACUAUGGUAGCGUUUCCUACAAGGAAGCCAAAGGAGACGACUUCGAGUCCCGAUUCUGACACGGUGUUGAAAAGAAAGCGACCUCCGAUGCUUGACCUAACGGCAGCUCCGGCGAUUGCACCAUGGUGUAGUACGACGGUUAAGACGCCGGAAAAAUCGGACGAGGUUGUUGAAGCAGAGAAAGAUGGAUACUACUCUGUUUAUUGCAAGAGAGGAAGACGCGGACCAAUGGAAGAUCGGUAUUUCGCGGCGGUUGAUCCCGACGAAGGAGCUCACAAAAAGGCUUUCUUCGGUGUUUUCGACGGUCACGGCGGAUCCAAAGCGGCGGAAUUCGCGGCCGUGAAUCUCGGUAACAACAUUGAGGCGGCGAUGGCGGCAGAGAGAUCGGGAGAAGAAGGGUACUCGCUCGAGAGAGCGAUAAGAGACGGUUACAUCAAAACGGACGAGGAUUUCUUGAAAGAAGGUUCAAGAGGCGGCGCGUGUUGUGUAACCGCUUUGAUAUCCAAAGGCGAGCUUGCGGUUUCGAAUGCCGGAGACUGCCGGGCUGUUAUAAGCCGCGGCGGAGCUGCGGAAGCUCUUACUACCGAUCACAAUCCUUCUCAAGCAAAUGAGUUCAAAAGGAUUGAAGCAUUGGGUGGUUAUGUUGACUGCUGCAACGGCGUUUGGAGAAUUCAAGGAACAUUAGCCGUCUCCCGAGGAAUUGGAGACCGGUAUCUCAAGGAGUGGGUAAUUGCUGAACCGGAAACCAGAACAUUACAGAUUAAACCGGAAUUCGAGUUCUUGAUCUUAGCAUCUGACGGUCUUUGGGAUAAGGUAACGAACCAAGAGGCGGUUGAUGUGGUUCGACCGUACUGUGUGGGCGUGGAGAAACCAAAGACACUUUCUGCUUGCAAGAAACUAGCCGAGCUAUCGUGUAAGAGAGGGUGCUUGGAUGAUAUUAGUCUAAUCAUAAUUCAGCUACAACACUUUGUCCCAUGAUUCAUUAUACUUGAUUAAUUUCAUUAGGUGUUUAAGUUAUUGAAAAUUUUGUCCGGUAUUUUACAUGAUGUAUAUAUAAAGGUUCCAAACAUAAUUAAUUUAUAAUUAUUCUUGCGGAUAUCAAGAUCAAGGUGCCUUUAGCUUGCGAUUUUAUUGGUCAUUUUUUUUAUCAAAUUUAACCGUUCAUUGUUUAUCAUCUCAGUGUAUUAGGGACUGUUAAGUGACACAAAUGAAAACGACCAAAUGAUGAAAUGAAAUAUUUUUCUGUUGUUAUUUCACAAAGAAAGAC